UCUCACAAGUGUUGAUUGUUGUUCACAGUCUCACAGUUUCUACACCUUAUAGCUUCAGUCUUUUUUUAAUCGUACCUGAGACAACACCUUAAUUUUUAUAAAAAUAGACAUGAAACUGUUAGUCAUUCUUUGCAUUCUUUGCGCGUCGACGACGUUCGCAAAAGACAAACUUCCGAAAAUUAAGGACAAAGACAUGUUGAGGAAAAUGAUUAUAUACGAUAAGAAAAACCCAGACAUUUUCUACUGUCCAACGUCGAACUCAAAACAUCAAGUUUCAAUUGACAAGAUGAUUGUUAAAGCUCAUCCAAUCAGCAAGUUGUGCGAACAUGAAGGUAAUGGUGUACCUAAGGACAGUCGACAUGACUGCUAUCAAGAUGUUGAUGAGACAGAUUUUGCAUGCAAAGAGAAAUACCGAAUUAUGCUACGCAAAUAUCCAGCCGAAUAUCCAAAAGGAACUAGACUACAAAAAUUUAUGGACUAUGAUAAAGAAAUGAUACAGAAAAUGAUCAAAAAUAAAAAUUAAUUAACUUUCUUGUUUAAUGACUGACAUGUUAA